AUGAUCAGGUGCCCGCCGUCGAUCAUCUGGUUAGGGGAUGAGGAGCUUCAGUAUCAUUUGCACCGUAUCUUUCUCCGUUCUCUUUCCACCGAUUUGGACCGCUUACACCUAAGUGACCAAGAUCCGAGCUAUGGCAGAGACACCCAAUUUGACUCUUUGAGCUCCGCAGCACCAUCCGAAGAUUCGGAAGAGAAUGGAGAUGUCCAACCAACCCGCGAAGCUCAAGGAUCCUCUUGUGUGAAAACCCGCUCCGUGCCAGACGACUCCAUUACAACAAGCCCAGAAGAAGAAUCUGCUUCUAAGUCAACAUCGAUCCACCACAAAGUGGGCACCUUCAAAGCCCCCAUCAGACGGUUAGGAUCCUCUUGUUCCUCCCGUUCCUCACAAAAUCACGAACACCUCAAAGGUCUCUGGGCUGCGUUACCGGAUCAGGGAAAGAGUACAAUGGAUCGCUUGUAUGGCUUGGAAGAAAACUACCGACGAAGUCCCCUCCAUACAUGGGCCACGAGUUCAAAAGAUGAGCAUUCGCGGCUUCCCACUUCUCAGGUUUCCCGCAAGCCGCCCGCUACCAUUCCGGAGAUGACUCUCAAUGCCAGCCCACCCCGGGGACUAACUUUAGCGUCCACCACUCGGUCUGACGAGGCAGGCUUGGCCCAUUCUCCAGCCUCGACCACCACUAAUGUGGAUACCUAG